UCGCGGGUGUCGCACGCGUGUGUGCGGCUGCACCGGCGGAUCGGAGCGCGGUGUCGCGGGUGUCACACACGCGUGUGUGCGGCUGCACCGGCGGACCGGAGCGCGGUGUCGCGGGUGUCACACACGCGUGUGUGCGGCUGCACCGGCGGAUCGGAGCGCGGUGUCGCGGGUGUCGCACACGCGUGUGUGCGGUUACCACCGGCGGAUCGGAGCGCGGUGUCGCGGGUGUCACACACGCGUGUGUGCGGUUACCGCCGGCGGCGCGGAGCGUUUCCCGUGUAACGGCCCCGCCGGGCGCUCGCAGCCGCAGCCAUCCCGCCGCUCCCCUGUCCUGCAGGCACACGAGAAGCGGGGUGGCUGCAGGUGUUGCAGCUCAAGUCAACUCUCAUGGAGAAUUCUAGAAUGGGGAACAGCCAGACCGCUUCUGUAGGACUGUCUAAUGCUGCUGUGAAUCAAAUACAGGACAUUAUUUCACACAACUGUGUGGUGAUUUUCUCUAAAACAACAUGCCCAUACUGCAAAAUGGCAAAAGACCUCUUUAAAGGUUUGCAAGUGAGUUACACAGCUAUGGAACUGGAUGAAAAUACAAAUGGAAGGAAGUUCCAAGAUGUUCUGGAACAGAUGACUGGUAGCAGAACAGUCCCAAGAGUGUUUAUCAAUGGGACUUGUGUUGGAGGUGCAACAGAUACUCAAAAGCUUCAUGAGGAAGGCAAACUGCUUCCUUUAAUUCACCAGUGUAAAAUGAAAGCAAAUUACUGAGCAACCAUCGCUAGCUUAGCUUUCUCUUCCUUUGUAUGAACAGAAUUUCAGAUGAAAUCAGAAGAUCACAGACACAGCAUGAGCUGCACUCGACCUCAAACCAUGGCUUUCUGAAUUACAGAUCACUCUGACAGACUUUAUGGACUUGCUGAAUUACUUGGUGUCCUUGCCUCAGCUUUCCCACCACCCUGAUGCUCAUUAGCAAACAUUAUGUAACACUAGGGGCUCUCAGUGAGACAGUGAUGUCAUUUCAUGGUGCUUACAUCCUGUUCCAGGGAAGCCCAGGGUCUGCAAAAACAAUCCUGUGGGUUUUGCUGCACAUUAUUUUGCUUUCUAGCUUUGCCUCAAUAAAUUGUCGGUUUUAUUUAAUGGUUUCUUUAAAUAUAAUUCUUCUCUGUAAAACUGAAAUGUAAGGCAAACCCAGUUUAUAGAUUGUUGUCUGUAUGCCUGCCUCUCCUGUAUUCCAGUGCCUGAUCACCCUGCUCCCAAGUUGUGUGUCCAGUGGAACAGAAAAGGGAAUAAAGAUUCUGGCAGCUUUA